CGGUCCUGUGCAGCUCCUUAGCGACGUAGCGUGGAAUUCAAAUUUGUGCCUUAAGCACGCAUCUCUCCUCGGCUUCACCUCCUUGUUUUCACCUAUUUUUCGUUGCUGUUUGACUGCCAAGUACCAGGGUUGAUUUUGCUUCUCGUGAUGCCGUUUGGGAAGACGCACAAGAUUAUACUCGAAAUUGCGAGAUGGGCAAUAAAUAGCUUUUUCGACGAGAUUGAAGUGAUUGGAGAGGAAAACGUCCCCAGAACUGGUCCAGUGAUAGUUUCCUCGACGCAUCACAACAUGAUCGUGGAUCCGGCUGUAUUGUCUAUGACAUUCCCUCAUGGGCGCUUACUUCAUUAUUGGGCAAAGUCGACACUAUUUGGACACCCUGUUGCGAAAUACGUCCUUAUGAAUGCAGGGAAUAUCCCUGUUGAUCGCAAGCAGAGGGAUAAUCAAGUCCUGUUCCGGGGCACCUUUGAAGCUCUGGCUGUUGGGGAAGUUGUUGCUAUCUUCCCUGAAGGGACGAGUUAUACAGAACCUCGUAUCAUGCAGGUCAAGGAUGGGGUUUCGUGGACUGCUCUCGAAUACUUCAAGUGGCUCCAAGGUCCUGAAGGACAGAAAGUCCCACCUCAAGAAGAUUUAGUGAUUGUACCCGCCAGUAUCGUCUACACGGACAAGUCACGAUAUCGAAGCUCUGUCGUCGUAGAGUAUGGAAAACCUAUCAAGGUCGCGGAGUAUGCGCGACAAUUUUUGUCUGGAGAUGAAAGUGUCGCUAAGAGAGCUGUCAAGAGUUUGACAAGGGAUAUUGGGACUUCCUUAGUACAGACGACUAUCAAUGCGAAGAACUGGGAUACACUCUAUGCUGCUAAGAUGGCGCUUCGCAUACUCUGGCAAGACGAAAAAUCCAUAAGGCUGGAGGACUGGAUAGAUGUAUAUCAAACUCUCGUUGAUUUACUUAAUCCGCCGAGCCCUUCCCCUAAUCUGGAAAGCGUCAAGGAGGACCUCCUCACAUAUUACUCACUACUCGAAAGUUCCAAGCUCACUAAUUCCUCGUUGUCUCAACUUCCCCUCCCGCGUUCCCUCGAUCCAAACGUUUCUGCCCCUCUAUCUCUCCGAAUUUCAACCCUAUGGGUCCUCAUCAAGGAUUCUAUUGCUAGUAUACUUAGACUCCCGUUCUUCCUUAUACCUCUACUGGCCCAUCUUCCUGCAUACGCAAUGGGGAAAUUUGGAGCGAGUCUCGCUGAGGAUGAAGAAGAGACCCAGGCUCAGAAUAAGAUUGUUUUUGGCUUGCUGGCACUUGUUUUAAUAUACUCUCUCAUCUUUAUCUUCUUGUGGGCUUUAUUGAAAAUGAGCUACGUUGGAUUCCUUAUUUCGGCUUUGACGAUUUGGGCUUUUGCGGUAUAUCAUGUGCGGAUGAUUGAUGAUAAUUAUGAACAUGGGAAGCGGGUCCUGGCGGCAUGGCGCAUCCUGAUCGGUGUUUGGGGUCCAAGGAAAUGGGAUCUUUCCCUGACCGCUCUCAAGGCGUACACAAAAGUGGAACCACCACCACCGAAUCCCUGGCUUGACCAGUACAAAGAAAAAAAACCUCCAGCAGCGGGAGAUUCAGGGUCUGAUCCGUCCCAACCCCCAGCACCCAAGAAAGCGAAGGUUGUGCUAGGUCCUGCACCUAAAAGGAGGAAACGCCCUUCAUCUCGGCAUCUCAUCCGGCACGUUCUUCGUGCGCGUUUGAAGGCAAUACAAUCCCUCGCAUCUUUCCUUGGAGACGUGGAACGUUCAAAUGGUCGUGUUAGAGCCUCAGUGCAUCUUGCCGAACGAUUCAAUUCCGCUUCGGAUUUCAGCCCUUUGGCGGAGGAAGACUCCAAAGAUGAUGGAACUUUCUUGGCUGUUGAUGGACCGAAAGGAUGGAGACAUGGAAAUGAGGUAUUGGCGUAUUUAAGAUCUAAAGGGGCGAGAAUUGGACCUCCUCCGACGGAGGAAAGUGAAUGGGUUGCCGAAGGGCUUAGUAGUGGAGAUGAAGGUGAGGGUGAAGACGAUGCGGCUAGGCACAGUGAGGAUGGGGUUACCUGGGUUGCCGCUGGACAAUCGAGCUGACAUCGUUAUUCUAUCUGGAUUAUCUUUGCAAAUAUGUAUGGGGUCCUACUGUCAGCCUGGGAUAUGCGCCAUGCAUGGCGCUGACACUCUUCAAUACAUCCUAAUUCGCUUACCAUGUAGUUCAGGGGGAUGGAUUGUCCAACAGUAUACUCUUAUCAUGGAAUCAGAC